CAGAACUGUAAACGAUGAUGGACGUCUCAAAGAUAUCCUUUAUUCUACUGUUAGUAACAUGGAGCGUGCAGGGUGAUGCUGAACGUGUCGAGUCUGGAGGGCAAGAGCCCGACACCCGAGUGGUGGGUGGCAGCGACGCACCCGAAGGCCUGGUGCCGCACCAAGUCGCUCUAAAAGAAACAGAUGGCUGGACUUUCUGCGGUGGUGCUAUCAUCUCCGACAGAUGGAUACUGACGGCUGCCCAUUGUGUCUUAAGUCGCAAACCAUCAGAAUUUACCGCUGUAGUUGGUACCUUAUCGAGAACGAAAGGUGGUACAAAGUAUGCAAUAAGCAAAGUCAAUGCUCACAAAGAAUAUAACAAGCCAAAUAGAUUCGGCAACGAUAUUGCUGUUAUAAGUACGAAAGAGGCCAUCAAAUUCAAUGAAUACGUUAAGGCAUUACCACUACCGGAAAAGGAUGUCACGUCUGGAUUGUCGUGUAUCCUGAGCGGCUGGGGCAAACUUGGCGACAGGAUGCCCUCACCUGACAAAUUGCAGUAUCUGUAUGUAAAAACUUUAAAUAGCGUCCAGUGCAGUAAAAAGUUAACUAAUGGACGCUCCUCGUCCGUUAUAAAGCCCAGCCAGAUGUGUACCCUUAACAAAAGCGAGGAAGGAACAUGCCAAGGUGAUUCAGGCGGUAGCUUAGUGUGCAACGGCACCUCAACCGGCAUCGUGUCCUUCAACUGGCCCUGCGCUCGUAACUUGCCUGAUGUAUACACUAACACGUACAAGUACAUUUCCUGGAUAAAGGAUAAUACUAAAUCACCCUAAGCAUUGUCGAUAAUAAUUUGUUAUUAAAUG